CACAAAUCAACCAAAAAGUUCGAGACUGUUCCAAGUCUGAGAAAGCUCGACAAUCCCGACCAGUUUCCUCGCCGUCACGAUGUCUGAACGCGCAAACAUCUCCAGCGACCUCAUCUGGGAGGUUGUCCGAAACAACAAUGCGUUCCUGGUCAAGAGGAAGUCCGGCGGUGGUGUCCAAUUCUCCCGAGAUCCUUUCAACCUCGUCAACAAGCACUCGAAAAAGCACGCCGGCUUUGUGAACGACAAGGCUGUGUCCAUCCAACCCAAUGAGAAGGGAGGAGUUUCGUUGGUGACCAAGAAGUCCGGAUCAUCGCACAAGCCUUCAUCGCACUACAACACCCACGCUUACGGAAAGACCACCUCGAACCGGAAGAUCUACAAGAAUGUGGCAGAUGCAGUUGGCAAGAGAUCAUACCGUGGCGACCUGAACAGAGAUGCUGUUGCCCGUGCCAGUGCUCUCAAGGACUCCCAGCGAACGAAGAAGGAUACUCCGGAGAAGAAGCCUCGAGGGCUCAAGGGGAGGAAGACAGAGGCAUGAGAAUGCGGAAGGUGCCGUCAACUUUUCUGAACGUUCCGACUUUGAAGUGCAGGCUUGAGCCAAAGGGCUAGAUCCGAAGAACCUGGGUAGAUGAGCUUCCGGGAUAUUUCUUCGGGAUGCGGCAUCUGAGAGGGGGCAAGAUCUUUUGUCCUGGUAAUGCAGGACGGGGUUAUUCCUUGAAAGACAAACUGGGCUAGGAUUGCACUCGCAUCCGAUGGGAGGAUACCAUCAUUUGAUGAGAAGAGCAUUGCAAACACAUUGGUACUCCGUAGAAACCCAAUGACGGAGCCUGACCGAGACAGAACAAACGGUCGCAGCCUGAUCCGAGCAAUUCUCGUAGACACGAAAAUCAGCCUUGCCUCUCCAGUUGAUGGAGACUCCGUGCCCUGCCUGAGUAGGAAGCGCCGGACGGGCAUUGGUGCACUGCUGGAUGGCAAAUUAAAAAGGGACACAAAGACCCAAGGAGAGCGCGAAAUGUCGGAGCUGCGGAUUGACGCGGGGCAGCGCAGACC